AUGCAAAUUGAAUUCUCGUGCUCGAAGGUGGUUGGAAUGCCAGUGUUUGUGAGGGAAACCGCUAACUGUUUAACAGCUGAUGGUGGUGUGUUCCAGCUGGCUGUUGGGGAGAACUGCGUUGUGCAGGAGAAGCAGUAUGGGGGUAUUUUUAACCUGAUGGCACUGCACUCCCCUCAUGGGGGCUACAGCUUGACAACAGAGAAGGGAGACAAUUACCUUAUUAAUGUUUGUGGGCCACUCAACAGAACUUGCAGUGGACAGGAAGCAAGUGUGUGUCUCAUUACACAGGCCGGCAACAUGUUUGCUAUAGGCCGAGUCAACAAGACUGUGAUAUAUGAUAGUGGUGCACUUCGGUUUGUACUGUAUGGCGAGGGUUGCAAACCAGGACGGAAUGUCAGCACUGUUAUGUUCUUACUCCUAUGUAGGCAUGGCAGUGAUGUGGGACAGCCUGAGUUUUUCUCAAAGGAUGAUGACUGCAAUUUUUACUUCGUCUGGAACACGAGAGCUGCGUGUCCACCCCAUCAGUUUGUGGACUGUACUCUGAUGCAUAAUGAACAGUUUUAUGACCUGAGUCAACUCACGGACUUAAUGAGCAACCACGUGGUGGUUAAAAAUGGUCUCAUGUUCUUGCUCAAUGUGUGCCAUUCAAUUGUGUUUGGGAAAGAUGCGUUCUGUCAGUACUCAUCUGCCGCCUGUCUGUUCAACCUAUCCAACCCAGACCCUACCAGCAGGUUCAGCAACAUUGGUGAUGUGGGGAAUGGUCCAUAUUUUGAGGAUGGAAGAAUAAAACUGAGGUAUGAUGGAGGGGAGAUCUGCCGUGACCCAGAAGGUCCGGACCAUAUUUCGACAAUCAUCACGUUUGAAUGUGACCACAGCACGAAUUACAUGCCAGAGCUUCUGAUUGGAGAUGUUUGUGUGUAUGAAUUUAUGUGGAGAACACAAGCGGCCUGCCCUGUGAAUGCAACAACAGAACAGCCGCAUGAGGAUGACAGCUGCACUGUGGUAGUCCCUGGCACAGAUAACAGGAUUAAUUUACGGCCCCUGAGGAACAAAGUAAGAAUGGUGGCUGACUUGGCUGGAUACAACUACUCCUUCGUUGUUUGUGGGAACUUAUCGGGCAGCCCCUGUGGCAACAAUGGUGUUGGUGUGUGCAAGUUCAAGGCACAGGACCAAUCUCAGUUCUGGAAUGCAGGUGUGGGAAACAGUCACCUACACAAUAGCCAGGGUGCCAUAUCAUUAAAGUACACUGAUGGAGCACCUUGUAAUGACAAGCUGAAACGUAGCACCCAGAUUGUUUUUGUGUGUGAACCAAGUGGCUCUGAGCGGAUCGUAUUCAUAGAUAAGGUGGAAAGCUGCACGUACAUCAUAAACUGGUACACUGACCUCACGUGCAAUGGACUGGUGGAGUGCUCCACCCCAGCCUGGAGUGACCCUGAGCCGGUGAACCUGACACCUCUGAUCAGAUUGGAUCAUAACUACAAAGUACAGGCUCAGAAUGACACAGUAUUUUACAUAAAUGUUUGCCACCCCCUGCUGCCAGUACAAGGCCUGAACUGUCCUGGGGGCUCUUCUGCAUGUGUUGCACGUCUUCACAACGGCAACUUAAUUGAAGAGAAGAGCCUGGGUUUUGCUUCGGGGCCAGUGAAGGGAGACAAGGGAAAGGUGUUCAUCAUGUACUUGCAAGGGGAGAACCUGUGUUUAGGAAUCUCACCAGUGACUGCCAAUACCAGUUCCUUUGGAAGACAAGUGUAA